ACACAUAUCAUCAACGGACUCGUUUCAUGCUGCGCACUUGGUACCUGUAAUGAAGAGAUAAAAACAGUGCAUUUUAAUUAUUAUUUUUUCUAUUACUAGACAUAAUCAUGUCUAUAUUUACGCCAACAAAUCAAAUACGACUUACCAAUGUAGCCGUGGUACGGAUGAAAAAGGGCGGUAAGCGAUUUGAGAUCGCCUGUUACAAAAACAAAGUUAUGAGCUGGAGAUCAGGCGCAGAGAAAGAUCUGGAUGAGGUUUUGCAAACACACUCUGUCUUCGUGAAUGUGUCAAAGGGUCAGGUGGCCAAGAAGGAUGAUUUAACCAAGGCUUUUGGGACAGAUGAUCUGACAGAAAUCUGCAAACAGAUAUUAGCCAAAGGUGAGCUUCAGGUGUCAGACAAAGAAAGACAAACUCAAUUGGAGACAAUGUUCAGAGACAUUGCAACUAUUGUGGCUGAAAAAUGUGUUAACCCUGAGACCAAAAGGCCAUACACCGUCAGUCUUAUUGAAAGGGCUAUGAAAGACAUCCACUACUCUGUCAAAGCCAACAAAAGCACUAAGCAGCAGGCACUAGAAGUCAUUCGACAGUUGAAGGAGACCAUGGAGAUACAGAGAGCCCACAUGAGACUGCGGUUGGUGCUCCCGGCAAAAGAGGCCAAGAGACUAAAAGAAAAGCUUAAAACACUGCUGCAGGUUGUGGAAAGUGAAGAUUUUGAUGAGGAGCUGGAAAUGGUUGUUCUGGUGGAUCCUGGCUGUUAUAGGGAAAUUGAUGAGCUGAUUCGCUGUGAGACCAAAGGCAGAGGUUCCCUGGAAGUCCUCAGUCUGAAGGAUGUGGAGGAAGGCGAUGAGAAACUAUAGCUGUUUGGACUCCAGUUAGUAUGCACUUACAUGUUCUCUGUAUCACACUUUAUACAAGAAAUGAAUCUCAUAUUGAUUUUGAACCAUAUUUUAUAUUAUGCUACAUAACACAACUGAGGAUGCAUUUAAAGCAAAUAUUAAUGACAUCUAAUACUUUAAUUAGGUGUGCAUGUAUUCAUCAUAGCAUCAGUGAUAAAAAGUUAGAAGAUUUAAAUACAUACACACAAAAUGGUGAUUACAGUGGUGUAACUGCUACCUUCAUAUAAAAAAACAGCUACAUCUUAACAACACCUAAUAACCUAAUAAAAAUUGUUUAUUUAAAACAGCAAAACUCAUAAAAUAAGAAGUGCAUUACAUUUGUCUUUAGUAAAACACAUAAUUUAAAAGGGUAAAAAAUAAAUGUAUUUAAUUGUUGUUCUCUCAAAUAAAUUAUAUCUUGUAUACAUCAUGCCACCAUCCCA